CCUGAUCUCCGACGAUCAGCUCGGUAUCGCUAUGCAAGUAUAACUAUUCCUGAGGUUAAUGGGUCUCAACGCAAGUUGUUCAAGAAUGGACGAGACCUUGAAGACACCUUGACUGCUGCUGUUAUUCGGAACUUGAAGAUUGUCCAGGACAGAUCCAAGGUUAUAGUUCUUGAUGCUGAAGGUUCUCGUUCUAAAGGAAUUGCAAGAUCCUUGAGAAAGCUUGGGGUUAAGCAAUCUUACUUGGUUCAAGGCGGCUUCCGGUCUUGGGUGAAAGAGGGUCUUCGUGUUAAGGGACUCAAACCUGAGACGGCGCUUACCAUACUCAACGAGGAUGCAGAAGCAAUCCUGGAGGAUAUUAAAACUUCUCCAAUACAAGUUCUUGGGUAUGGCGUGGGUUUGAUCGCGGCGUCGUAUGCAGUAUUAGAAUGGGAGAAAACACUCCAAUUCAUUGGCGUUAUUGGCCUUGGUCAGACCGUAUUCCGGCGUGUUGCUUCUUAUGAGCGCGCUGACGAUUUCAAACAAGAUGUGAGGCUAUUGCUUGCUCCUGCUAGAAUUGGAGCUCAGGCAUUCUCAUGGGCAGCCGGAAAAUUGGAGUCGAACCGUGUUGGAAUUCCGACAUCUCCAUCAUCCUCAGAUGUCCAAAACCGGGUUCUCCAGGCAGCUGCAAAGCACGAAUCUCAACCAUCUGAUGCUGAAGGUUUAGCUGAUCAAUCUCCCGAGUCAACGAUUUCUGUAAGCGAGAAUGUAGAUCUCUCUGAAGCGUAGAGCUUCAGUUUUUCUUGCUGCGGUAUCACUUCAACUGUGAGCCUAAUAUUCUGACUUGAGAACACAAAUUACCCUUGUUACUGUACAAUAAGCAGUCAUUCACAAAUUACUCCCCUUCUUUUUCUUUUGUUUAUGCAAAGUACGACUGUUAUGUACCUUUUUUCUUCAAAUAAAUAACCCAAGUUUUGUACAUUUUCGUUA